AGGAUUACCGUCGGAUUUGGUCUUCUAAACCAGUGACUUGUGUUUUGAAGUAGACGGUCAAAAAAAGUGAAAAGCUUUUUGGGCUUCCAAAUGUUGUUUGCUUUGUUUCCCUGCAAUUUCAAGAUUUGCUGUUGCGUUUACAUGUAACAUAGCCAUCCCUGGAUUCUCAACAAGAAAAGUUCAACUUAAAUACAAGGAAAUUAAUUCCAUUGUGUAGUGGAUGCUCUUGUAGUUUGAUCCUAUCUUAUCUGUUCUAAUGAGUGAGGCAGAUGUGAAAAGAACAGCCAUGGGAACUCCCAAUAGCAUGAGAAAUGGAAGGCGCAAGGCAUUUGAUCCCUCUGAUCUUGUGCAGCUACCAAACAAGCUUCAAAAUUGUUUAAAGUCGCAGUUCAGGAAAUUAGCAAAAGAUAAUGAAGGAGCAACCUCAGUGACAAUGGAAGGAGGAUCAUUUGAUGCUGUAAAGAUUGAUCUGGAUAGGCAACUUCAAACUUGGAGAGAAAAUCCUUCCUGGAUUGAUCAGCCUCCAGAAAUAAAGGUCAGUGUACCAAAAGGUUCUCUCUGCAACCUAAAUGUGAAAUUCAAUGUUGGGUUGCCUCCAGACGCAGUGUACAAUAUUGUUACUGACCCUGAUAAUCGCAGAGUUUUCAAAAACAUCAAAGAAGUGAUAUCUAGGGAAGUUCUGCUUGAUGAAGGUCAUAGGCAGGUGGUUGAAUUGGAACAAGCAGCUAUUUGGAAAUUCCUGUGGUGGUCAGGGACCAUUUCAGUGCAUGUCUUAGUUGAUCAAAACAGAAAAGAUUUGACAAUGAAAUUCAAGCAAGUGAAAACCGGGUUCAUGAAACAAUUUGAAGGAUGCUGGAGAGUAGAGCCUGUGUUUAUUGAUCAAGAUAUAUGCUAUCCAUUCAAACCUAAAACAUGGGCAGACUAUUGCUGGUGUACUGGAGGCAAAGGAAGGAUAGGAUCAAAGGUGAGCUUGGAGCAGUUAAUCCAGCCAGCAUUAGUUCCACCACCACCCAUUUCCUGGUAUUUGCGAGGAAUCACUACUAGGACCACUGAAAUGAUUGCAAAUGAUUUGCUUGCUGAGGCUGCCAGAAUCAGGGGAGAUUUUAAUAAUAACGCAGAUUCUGAAACAUCUCAAAACUCGUACAGAAUUGACAAAUCAUCUGACAUUAAAGAGAGAUGGGCCCAUCACCGGAGAAUCGCAAAGAGACAUCAUAGGAGGCUGUUCACUGCUGAAUUACCUAAUUAAGUGUUUCAUUUUGCAUUCCUGUUAUAUCUUUCUUGUAAUGCAGGAACUUCAUAGCAAGGCUUGCCAAAAACGUAUAUGUAUAUCUAUCUGAAAAUAGCAAUUCUUUUCCAAUACUCUUCAAAUGUUAAACCAUUUCAGAGGAGUAAAUGCUCAAAUAAUAUGUUUUCUUA